UUCAGGAGACCAGAGCGUUGCGCACCUCUUCUGUCGUGUGCCCGUCUUAUGCUCCUGGCACUUAUGUGAAGAAGAGAUUGUAAAAGGGUUUUACGCACUCAGGCACAGACUGGUAUCCACAUGCUGCGGUGGGGAUGAAGAGGCCACGCUAACUCCCCUGUCUGUUCAAAGGGUGUAGCCAAAGAUCGUCAGGGCAGGAAUUUGGGGCCAUCCAAGACCGAUUCAGCUGGAUUGGACGAAAGCUAGAUUCGCUUCACAUCUGAUCUUGCCAGGUUAUUAAUGAGGGAAAUUCUCAUCUUCUGGGUGUUGUGCUCCCUGGUGGGGGAGUUGCUGGCAGAGAGAUGUCCACGCGUUCAACACGUCACUUUUUUGUCCAGAAAUUUUGAAAACAUUCUCACCUGGGAUAAUGGGAAGGAGACAUUCCCUGGCACGAUCUAUCACGUGCAAUAUAAAACGUACGGGGCCACAUGGCAGAACAAAAGUGAGUGCCAAAACAUCACACGGCCUAUCUGCAAUCUCACACAGGAGACUGAAAACUACACUGAACGCUAUCAUGCCAGAGUGAGAGCCAUUGUCCCUGGCUUCUGUGUCUCACAGUGGAUAACAUCCCUAAGGUUCUGUCCCAAGGAAAACACUGUUGUAGGUGGUCCUGAAGUGAAAUACAUCCCCGACAUUCGAUCCAUAAAGUUCAUUGUACAGCCUCCCUACACACCUCUGAGAGAUGAUAAUCACACCUUGACUGUGGAAGACAUUUUCAGCCGAUUUGAUGUUGUCCGAUACCAGAUAACAAUAUUUUGUCAAAAGACACUGCAGCAGUGGAAGAAGACUGAGAACAACAAAGAAUUUGAAGUCUCUGAACUGGACCCUGACACUGAAUAUAAUGGUACAAUACAUAUGAAAUAUUUAGAAAAAAACAGCGAGCCCCAUACAUUUCGGGUGAGGACUUUACCAGACAACCGUUGGCUGAUAUACUUGUUUGGGGUAGUUGCAUUUAUGGUUUUAAUCUUUGGUAUGAUAUAUUACCUGACAUAUAAGUACAUUAAGCGAUAUACUACACAGCAACCCACGGCUCUGGAUUUCAAGGCUGUGCCACACUUCCAGCCUCUCAUGUUUACUGUGGAGCAUAUCUUGAUCCCCCAUGAUUUAUCCAAGCCUUUUCAAAUGGAUCCAGAGAUGAAGCCAGAACAGAUUAACCAGUGUCUCCAAGAAGUACUAGAGCACCAAAUGGUAUUUGAUUUGCCAGAAAGAGUUUAUCAGGAACAGACCAAAAUGGCUCCAAUCCAGCACAUUGCUGCUCCCAUAGGCCAAGUAGAUGAUGCAUCUACCAUUGGUUAUGCUCCACAAGUGAUCCAGAAUAACCCACCUCACACACUAGACCACAAGCGCUCGACUUUAACAUACGGUGUAUGCGUGGAAGGCACCAGCCAUGCCAACAAUACAAACUCUUCACCAAACCAAAAGACAAAAAUUGAUUCUGUCAGUGAAGGCUUUAUCAGCAAUGUACAGAAACAAAACCCAAGUGAAAUGGGAUUGUGGGGAAACCUGGCUCAAAAGGAGCUGGAGCUGGAACAAGCUGAGGAAACCCAACAGCAACUGCUUCAGGAAGAUGCCCAGGGCAGGACACAGCAACUUCCUUCCCUUCUGCAAGAGAGAGUGCCCACCAUUUUGGGAGAAAGGACAGAAAGUUACAAGCAGCAGCCUUUGGAAUUCUUGCCACCUGCUCUGAAAAUCAGCCAAAUUGCUCCCUCAGAAGGUGACUCUCCUUUGUCACCCAUUCCUAAUUCCUUGUUUUCAGUUUGUGCCAGUGACAGCUUCUCACAAGAUCCCGGCCUCCUGGGGCAGUGGGCCCCUUCAAGCUGUCCAAUGACAGACUGUCUCAGUCAAGCCAGCAAGGGCUUGAAAAGUGAGCCUGAACCCCUGACCGACACCUCAGAAUCCUUGGACUCUCUUCAGGAUAACAUGCUUCUCCCAGGCCUGUUCAGAGACUUGGAGUUGAAAUUACAGUGGGACCAUGGACUGGAUGAAAAUGAAGCCAUUUAUUAGUAAUUUACUCAGCAAUUUUGGUUGGAAGGGGAAUUUAACAUGAUAGCUGAAGGGAACCAGCAACACAAAGACACAUCCCUGUCCUAAAGAGUUUUGAAGGGCAAUGUCGUUUUCUAUGAUGCUGUCAGUUGUCUUGGUUUAUGAACCACACUUUCAUAUAUUACGAAAAGGGGAGUGGGGAACACACUAGAUACAUUAAAGUGGUUUGCAGCUACUAGUCUAGGAGCUGCUUUAGAAGAUUCUUAUGCUAAUGGGAGAGCCACAGGGUCAUGUGAGGGGAACUGGGACAGGACGAAAGCUGUAAAACCAGGAUAGGGUAACGUGGCUUCUCCAGGCCAGCCUACCCAUCUUGUGGUGUGGUGUAGUGAUCAGAAUGUCAGAAAGAGCCAGAUCUAGGUGAGCAACACACCAAUGUGGGGUAGCAGCAGCAGAUAUUGUGAAGGAAAAUAUGUAUAAGUAGGGGAGGGGCAUAAGUUUAUAUUUUGCCCCCUAAAAAACAUAGAUCCGAUCCUGGUUUUGGAAAUGGAUCUGGGAAAACCAAGUCUGAAUCACUACUCUGCCAUGAAUGCUCACUGCGUGACCUUGAGCCAGUCACAGACUUUCAGCCUAACCUACCUCCAAUGGUUGUUGUGAAAGUACAAUUUGGGGUGGGGGGGAGAGAGAGGGUUACAAUGUAAGCCACUUUGAAUCUUCAGCCAGGGAGAAAGGCAGGAAAUACAAACGCAGCAGGAUAAAAAGAAGAUAUGAGUAGGGCUGCCAGCUUUUAAACGAGUCCUCUAGCUGUCCCUUUAAUAUCCCUUUGAUCUGCAGUGAAUACCUUCUGUGAAAAUCUUCAUCUGCAUAUUUCCAUGUACUGAGUCUCGAUUGAUGGGACAGGACAUUUUUCUUAAGGCCAGCUGGCAACCAUAGCUGGGGUAGGGUCAGCUUCUUCAGGUGGUCUCAGGGUGCUUCCACGCCUCUGCCAUGGAAAUAGCAAGCAGCAUGGGAAAAGGCAGGAAUAGCAUCUGCACUCAAUGUUGCUCUGCCCCUGUGGCCACCCACUCUCUCCCUUUCCACCUAAAAGCAGAGAUGUGCCCACUAUUGCACUGGUACCCCCUACAGCACUGAAAUCCCAUCUUUCCCCUCAGUUAUCUCUUUUCCUAUGAACUCAUGCUCUGUAUCGCUCAACAGGGAAUGUAGAGAAAAGACUUUUAAAUGUCUAAACAGUAUGUGAUGUACAACAGGAAGCUGCUGCUUGCCAUUUUGAAAGCAGAACGUACCUCCACCUGCCCUCCCUAUGACGCUGAUAGGCCAACAGACAGACCCCUGCAGUCAGUGUAAAUAUUCCCCUUUAAUUCUGGCAGGAAAAGGUUGAUUUUUUCCAUAUUAAAGAGGAAAGCCCAGGGGAGGUCAGGAGUUGUGCUCAGAAUGAGCAUGACAUCAUGUGAACAUUCCCCUUUAAUCCAGGGGCUUUAUGCUUUCCAUGUUGUGGAAGCACCCAUAUAUAACAGCUCCAGGCUCUCAUUGAUACUGAACUCGUUGAUCAGAGACCUAUUUCCUAAUGAAAAACCUCCAUUGAGAAAUAUUUGUGUUUUUUCCCACAGACCUUUACUAAUUGAUCUCUUUACAGCAAUCUGUAAGCUAUUUGUCAGCACCCCUGGGGUGGGGCACAGUGAGCAUCAGAGUACACAAUGCUGGGACGUCAUUUCUAGUAACGUACCCAAAAGAGACAACACAGUGUUACAGCAAGAGUUAGGGAAAUUCCUGGCGUUUCACUGUGAUGUUGCGACCACUUCCAGGUGUGCAGCCGGAAGUGGCAUUGCACAAUGCAGCUUAGGCCUCUCAUUUUACUGCAGCUGAUCCACCAAGCAGCAAGGGAAGGCCAGAGCCCAGGGGCAGGCGUCCCGUCAAAGCAGAUGACAUGGAGUUCCUAUGUGUAACUCAGAAUAUCUCUUUAGGAUUGCCUCAUGCUCAAAUUGUAUUUUAAAGUCUCUACAGCCAUAGAAGCUCGCUGAAUGCUUUGGGGUCCACUCACUCGCACAGCAAAGCCUACCUCACAGAGUUGUUUUGAGGAAUGUGUGGAGAAGGGGAGACUAAUGUGAGCCACUUUGGGACCCCAUUGAGGAGAAACUGGAAGAUUAAUAUCUUUAAGUUUGCAAUGAUCUUUAAGAAAUAAAAGUGAUUUUUAUUUAUUCA